GAGGACAAGCCCACCGAAGUCCAUAUUCCCACGCAGGCUCACUCGGACCCUGACAAUGGACAAACCACAGGGCCAAUUUGACAUAACAAUCUACAAGAAUCAUACUUAUGCAUAUUUCUAUCACAUACGACCACAGGGUGUGGAAAAUAGGGCUUCCCGUCCGCUCAGCCGUACUCAAGCCACACGCCGGGAGGUUAGUAGUUGGGUGGGUGACCACCAGCGAAUCCCUUCUGUUGUAUGUUUUUUUUUCUGUCUGCGCACUAACCCUAAGACCAGGAGUGCUUUCAGAGAGUACGGAAGACACCAAAAUACCUCUCUUUCGUUCUCUAAGAGGAGCGCUGGACUGUGGUCGAAUGAGAUGCCCAUGGCAAAUCUCUGGAUAUAACACUCGCUCAGGACGGGUAAAGUGGGUGCGCCCCAGGGGAUGGCACGCCUUUGCUCGGCGAUGGCAACGGAGAAAGCAGCAGCAGCAACAGCACUACCAUCACCAUCCCGACAAACAUCACCACCAUCAUCACCAUCAUCAUCGUCAUCAUCAUCAUCAUCAUCAUCAUCACCAUCACUAUCCUGAAAGGGCUAGACGACUAUGUGCUGCCCAAGCCCCUUGGUGUCAUGAGCGAUCCUUUCCCUCGGGGCUCUGGAGAUGAGCGGUCUUCAGUUCUACUUUCAAGUAUUGAAGUUCAAUGCUCCGAGCACUCUGGGUUAGAUCAAGUCUAGGCUUUUGUUAACCUUUUUC